AAACAGCAGUUCUCCCGCCCGUUCAACUACACCUCCCAGCAUCCACUGCCACCGAGGGGCUCGCGAGGACGGCUGCGAUUGGUUGGCUCCAGGUUCAAACUGAACGGCUGCCCUCCUUAUAUGGGCAGAGCUCGCGCAGCCCUUUCAUCAGGGCUCCUUAUGCUAACGACAUGCUAAUGCCCAGCUGUAUGCAGCGGUAGUAAGAGCAUGCGCAGUGCGACACGAGGACACGGCGAGGAUUCAAAGUUUUUGUUCAGUUUUUGCCUGAAGACGGACCCACAGUCAGACUAUGUUUGGCUUCCACAAGUCAAAGAUCUACCGGAGUAACGACGGCUGUUGCAUCUGCAAGACCAAGUCCUCCAGUUCACGCUUCACAGACAGCAGCCGAUAUGAAGAGACGUUCAGGCUCUGCUUUGGGCUGGCAGAGGAUCGUGUUGGAGAUAUCUGCAAUGCCUGCGUGUUACUGGUGAAGCGGUGGAAGAAGCUGCCUCAUGGUUCUAAGAAGAACUGGAACCAUGUGGUGGAUGCCAGAGCUGGGCCAGGUUUCAAGAUGACAAAACCCAAGAAGAUCAAGAACAGUGAUGGGAAGAAGAAAAGCAAGCUAAAGAAGCUCCACAAGUUAAAGAGACAAACAGACUCUGAUGCCCACAGCACCACCUCCAGUGUGUCUCCUGCCCAGUCCCCGAGUUACAGCAACCAGUCAGAUGAUGGUUCAGACAUCGAGUCCAAACAAAGACGUCCAACUCCUUCCAUCUUCUCUUUCCUGGACCGGUCCUAUUGGAAAAGGCAAAAAGUGUGCUGUGGGAUUGUCUACAAGGGGCGGUUUGGAGAGGUGAUCAUUGAUCCUCGACUUUUUAAACCCUGCUGCAGUUCCACUAAACAGACGACACUGGUCUCCACACAAGUGUCCACACACCUUCCAGACACACUUCCUCCACAGCUCCCAGAAGACGUGAAAGAAACCUGGUGAUUGCUUUUGUUGAAAAUCCUCCAAUAGGGUUGUCCAUGGCAUCCACCUGGAUUUGUCUCCAGUGGCAGACCUCUAAUCCCCACUCCCCCGUUAGAUCAGUUUGUUAGAUAUUUCUUUUCUACGUAAUUUUCCUUCUUUAAUAUGGGUAUUUUUUUAAACUUUUGUAUAGAGGUAAAUUUCUUUUUUUAUAUAAAAAGCUAAAAGGAAAAAAAAUCUUCUCAUGGGCAUUAGUGUUAUUUAUAGAAUGAUGCAACACAUUUUGUUGAGGCUCCGUUUUUGAUUCUGAAUAGUUUUUUGUUUGUUUUUUCAGAUUGUGUGAUCAAAUAUCUCGUCACUUUUUUCAUACAUAUCAAGACUGUUCCAUUUUCAUAAUUUGUCAAAUUGUAAGUGUGCAUGUGAAAGACACCAGCUAUUUCUAAUACCAGCUGUUUCGUGUGUUGGAGUGGCUCUUCAACAAGUUGCUGCGAUGUUUUGUCCUUUGUGUUUUGCUCCAUAUGUGUGAGUCUGUAGGAUUUCUAGUACACAGAGGGCUGUUGGUGACACCAGGGAUCAUUAGUACAACUGUCCUCUGAGUUGAGCUUUUAAUGUGUAUAGAUGAGAACAAAUCAUUUCUGAAGUUUUCACAUGUUAAGCAUGCCAUGAGUUUCAAACACCUUGUAAUCUGUUCAGCAGUGGGUGCACAUUGACUCAGACUGAUGUGGUUAGAUGAAGCAUGUACAUUCCUCCGCAUUUCUGGAAUGACUAAAGCGAUGUAUUUAUUUCUUUUGUUCAGCCUACAAUGAAAUGACAAUGCAUGUUGUAAAGCAAAUGCUUUUUAAAACUGAUUUUGUAAAUACAGUGUUUUGGCUCUUGGUACAUCUAAGCCCUUUUUCAAACCACUACUUCUGUAAAAAAAAACAGUUUGUGUGUCUGAACGGCACUGAAAACCCAUUUUUACGCUAAUUUAGCGAAGCUUUUAAUCACAUUUUCAUGUUUCAUUAUCUCAGGCACAUUUCACUAACGGCAUGCAAAGCUGUAGCCUAUGCUCUGCAAAAAAAUAUGUGAAAACUGCAGGAAAACUCUCGAUUGCAGCAUCAGUGAGCUGCAAUAUUCCUUUUAAUCUGUAUUUGUUCACUAAUGGCAUGCAAGGGUCAGAAAUUGAACCUACAGGAAUCACAUGAUCUGUUGUGUGGCUUCUUUACAUUUUGUAAGGCGAAUACUGUCAGAGAAAAUGUGAGAUUAUUAGCGAUGUGAUUUACUCAGAAAAAGUUCAAACUAUGCAGACAUUAUGAAUGUGAGAAGUUCUCUUGGCUUGCUGUCACUUUUGCUAUAGAAGUGUGAAGUGAUGGAUCCUUAUUCAACCAAAUUGACUUGUAAAAAGCAUCAAGUAUUUCAGCAAUAACUUUGCAUUUACCUUAUGAUUCAUAAUUGUCUCGAUGUUUAUUUCCUGUUUUAAUGUUGCUCAGAUUGCACAGUUGUAGCCAUGGUGACGUGCUUACUGUCUCUCAAAUUUAAUACUGCAUUGAAAACGGUUUUUUAUUUGCAUUAUUGUAACUAAUUCCAAACUUCAUGAAUUGACAGGCGAUGCUCUGUAAAGUUGCUUAAUAUAUAAACUUUUCUGCGGCAGGGUAGUUAAAUGCUGAACUUGUUCUAUUGUUCUUAUUAAAAGGAGAGUGCUGCUUCCUUUUAAGCUGGAAAA